CGAGAGUCUGACUGAAGUAUGGAUCUUGGGAAGGUGAAGCUCUUGAGGACCGGUCUGAACACUCUACACCAGGCUAUCCACCCCGUGCACGGGAUAGCCUGGACGGACGGCAGGCAGGUCUGCCUCACGUCCUUCCAGUUCGCCAGCGGGGAGGCCAAGUUCGGCGACACCAAUGUCAUCGGGCAGUUCGAGCACGUGCUGGGCCUGCACUGGGGUCCGCUCUGCUGCGCGGAGACGCCGGCCCUGUUGGCCGUCCAGCACAAGAAGCACGUCACCGUCUGGCAGCUGCAGCUGAGCUCCCUGGAGCAGAACAAGCUGCUGUGUACGCAGACCUGCGAGAUGAGCGAGCCCUUCCCCCUGCUCGCCCAGGGCUGCGUGUGGCACCCCAAGGCCGACGCGCUGGCCGUCCUCACCAAGCGCGACGCCUCCGUGCUGUUCUCCGUGCGCGUGGACAACCGGCGGGUGAAGGCGGAGAUCAAGGGGAGCGGGCUGAUCCACUGCGCCUGCUGGACGCGGGACGGCACUCGGCUCAUCGUUGCCAUCGGCAGCGCCCUGCACUCCUACGUCUGGAACGACAUCCAGAAGACCCUGACCGCCUGCACCUUCUGCCCCAUAUUCGACGUGGGCGGCUACAUCUGCGCCUUGGAGUCCACCGAGGACGCCCAGGUCGCCGUGGCCACCGAGCUGCCGCUGGACAAGAUCUGCGGGCUCAACGCCGGCAUGGCGUUCGACGUCCCCUCCAACGCGUCAUCGGGGUCUUCGCAGCCCUCGGUGCUGAUGGUGGACGACGAAUGCUACGGGGACUCCCGGAGGCGGUCGGUAGACUCGGACAGGUCCCUCCCGCUGGGCUACAUCGCCUCAUCUCCGUCCGGCCCGGUGGACCUGACUCACAUCCUGGCGAAACACAGGCGGUCGGACCCCAGCCCGCUCAUCCACCUGCGGCGCAGGGACAACCUCACAGGCUCAGGGCAGGACUCCUCCCACCUGAUCGUGGUGACGUACGAGCGCAAGGCCACCACCACCAAGAAGGUGAGCAUCCCCGGCAUCCUGGUGCCGGAUAUCCUGGCGUUCGACCCCAGCGGGCGCAGCGUAGCCGUGGCCUCCAACACCUGCAACACGGUGCUUGUGUAUGGCGUGGCCGCGGCCUCCAUGCCCAACACCCAGCAGAUCCAGCUGCAGAAGAACGAGAGGCCCAAGGGGCUGUGCUUCCUCAGUGACAGGAUGCUGCUGCUGAUGGUGGGGAAGCAGAAGUCCAACGACCCCGCCUUCCUCCCCUCCUCCAACACGGACAAGUACCUCAUCCAGCUCAUGACCAAAGAGCUGCUCUGCGACGAGGCGGCCAGCCCGCUGCCUGCUCAGAAUCACCAGGACCUGGGCUUUAAUUUCCCGGGGAGCAGGCGGUACUCGGAGAACUUCCCCAAGGAGGAGCGUCUGGGUGGAAUCAGGGAGCUGGUACUGCCGACGGGCGCGGCGAUGCCGUCUCCCGGCAACCAGAGGAAGCUGGUGGAGGAGGUGCGGAGCAGCGACCCCAGCCCUGCCACCAGCCUGACUGACUUUUCGGACAGAGGGGCGUCCAGCACGUCCUCCAUCACUGUGGAAAACUUCGACAUGGAGCACGUCCACCGCCUGUCCAGCCUGGCCGUGCUGGGCCAGGGCAGCCGGGACUCCAGCCGGCCCUGCUCCCCGAGGCUGGACGCCUCGGACAGGCUACACUCCGACCCCACCCUGCCCAAGAGCAGCUGCCUGUCGGCAGAGAGGCGGGCGGACCAGCUCUCGCACAACAUGGAGCGGAUUUUCGCCCGCUUCGCCGAGGUGCAGCAGUGCCUGACGGAGAUCCGAGACUUCACCCAGAACGGCAGGAAGUCUGCGGCGAGCUACCCGCCGUGCGCUGAGCCACCGUACAUCAACGUCACAUGUCAGAAGAAGCUUUCUGAGAACGUGUUCAUCGACGAGAGGAGGCCCGUGCUGCUGUGUGACGGGAAGCUGUCCCUGAGAGUGCUGCAGGACCUCUUCGGCCUGACCGUCCUGGAGAUGCUGCAUGGUUCAAUGUGGAUAGUUCUGGUGGCGGAUGCAGAGGGAUUUGUGCCGCUAACAUUCAAACCCAAGGAAGAGCUCACAGUUCGAAAUGGGAAGAGGAAAUUGCCAGCAAAUUCCACUGGUAGCGACGAAGGAUCCCGGGUGGAGAGUCCACCCGUCCUGAACUCUGAAAACUGACCGUGGAGAAAGAGCACAAGUAGUGCCCAGCCAGUGUGGAUCACAACACAGACACUGCUGAUAGUUGAACGCUUGCAAAACUUGAUAUGCUUUACCAGUGACA